GCUUUAUAAAGGUAUAUUUAAUAGCUUAAUAGCUAAUUGUAAAAAUGUCAAAAUAAUAUUAAAAGCCCAUACUCCAGCAUUUAUGCUCACAAUUGCUCUGGAAAGAGAUGUAACAACACAUCAUAGUUAGUAUAAGAUGAACAUUUUUGUAGUAAAUUUAAUUUUAUUUCUUCUCACUGCGAUUAAAUGCCAGCAAGAAAAGUAUUUCUCAUCACUUGUACAACUUGAAAAGUUGGCUGUAAUAGAAAGUGAGUUUAUUACAAAGCUAGCAGCAAUUGUUGAUGAAGUGUCUGAUGAGGAUUAUGUGAGAAAGAAAUUGGAUUAUUGGAAAAGUGAACAUAGAGUGUUGGAACAAGAUGUUUCAAAAUACAUAGAAAAUCCUUUAAAUGCAUUCGGGAUGAUUAAACGUGCAACAGCAGAUAUAUCUCUACUUAUGAAGCGAAUACCGUCAUCAAUGGCAAAUGAACUUGCACAGUAUCGCAUUAAAGAUUCUAUUUUAACAGAUGCUGUGAGAAGUCUUUUGCUCGUGCAACGCAUUUAUAAACUAUCAACAAAUGAUAUUGCACGCGGAUAUCUAAAAAGUCGUCACGUUAGAUUUCGAAUGACACCAUAUGAUUUGUAUACUGUGGGAAAUGUUGCAUCCAAUAUCACAAAUGAAGAGUAUUUUGCUAAAAAGUAUCUCGAAUUGGCAUACGAAAAGUUUAAAGAAGGCUACGAUACGAGAAAUGAAGUUGAUGAGAAUGAACUGUUGAUUAAAAUUGCCAAUUUAUGUGAACGAAUGAAUGAUUAUAAAUGCUCUGCAUUCCACAUAAAACAGAUUCUAUUAAAGGAUCCAGAUAACUCGGAGGCAGCCGAAUAUGCAAUAAAGAUUGUCAAAUUGUUUAAAGAAUACGGAACAAGCAAAAUCUCAUUUGACAAUCCAUAUGAUGCGAAUUUCGAAAUGGAUGGUAAAUAUAGUCGUAGAAAAGAAUUUGAAUUGCUAAGUGAUGUAUGUCGUGGAAAAUUGACAAAAAAAGUCAUGGAAAUGUCGAGGCUUUAUUGUCGAUACGUUUCAUCUACUCCAUUUACAAUGCUUGCGCCAUUCAAAGUGGAAGAGGUCAACAUAGAUCCCUACAUUGUCAUAUACCUUAAUGUUCUAUCGAAUAAUGAGAUUCAAUCAUUGAGAAAUGUUACGAUGCGAGAAACUCACCGAAAUAGCAACAAAGAUGCUGAUGAAAAAUCGAUUUUUGAUGUCAUACGAAUGGUAUCGCUUCAUGAUAACAACAAUGAGCUAGCUGCUCGCAUUUCACGACGAAUCGAAGAUAUGACGGGAUUAUCAGUUGAUCCAAUGGAGCCAUUAAAUGUUGAGAACUUUGGCGUCUGUGGACCUGUUUGGAGGCAUGGGAAACAACAAAAAGGCAAUAAAAUGGCCAUGAUUCUAUUUUAUAUGAAUGAUGACCACAUGGAUGGAUACACAGCAUUUCCUUACCUAAAAGUUCGAAUCAUCCCACGAGAGGGAUCAGCAUUAUUUUGGUUUACCUUGAAAAAGUCAGGUCAAAGUGAAUAUGGAACAAGAUUCACACAAUGUCCUGUGCUGUAUAAAAGUAAAUGGAUAGCUUAUAAAUAUAUUUAUGAGUUUGGGCAAGAAUUUAAGCGACCGUGUCCAUCGACAAUGGAAUUUGUGCCAACAAGCAUCGAUGAAUAUGACAAUGAAUUUUUUUAAAC